GUGACAGUAAAUGUGACUGUUCCCGUGAGUUGGUGAAACUACAGGAUAAUUUCGCAAGUAAUAAACGAUUUCGGUGUAAACUUUUCGAGAAUGGAAAGUUGUGAAAAAGGUUCAAGUCCAGAUACGACAAUCCUAUCACAACCUAGCAGUGCGCCAGAGAAACCUUAUCGGAAUUUGAGGGAAUAUACAGACCAGCUUCACAUAUGGCUGUAUCAGUAUCGGAUGUGGAGCUCAGUGCAGUCUUUUUCAAUGAUGUUCCCAUUAAUGCUAAAUAAUUGCCAAAUUCCUCAGUAUUCUAAUCCUAACAGUAACUCUAUAUAUACUCAACAUACCACCUCGACGUCAGCAGCAAGCAACACCACAACACAUAACAGGGCACCAGGCCAUUCCCAAGGGGCUCGUAUUCAAAGAGUUGGAACUGUAUAUUCCUUGCCACCAUUAUGGAAGAGAGUAGCAGCAGAAAUAAUAGACUUCAUUGUAUUGUUUUAUUUAAAAGUAAUGAUGACAGUGCUGGUUUUAAGACAAAUGGGUUAUUUAAGAGAGGAUAAUAUAAUUGAGCUUCCGGCGGACAUAAUGCCUAAGUUUGACUUUCUGGAGAUAACGGAGAUGGAUGUGGAGAAAGCCUUCAGUAUCACGUCAGAACUGAUAGCGCUGGAGGUCGUCAACAGGAUGAUGAUCACUGUGUUUGAGACCCUUUGUUUAUGUAAAGGCCUGGGUGGAAUGGUGGGCGGAGCUACACCAGGCAAGAGGAUGCUGGGAUUGAAAGUUGUUUCCUGUAUACAUGUCACACCACAAGCCCAAGGAAAGAUAUUGGUGUGUCCAGCACGGGAUAUUGGAUUCUUUAGUGCUUUAAUAAGAUCUGUCAUCAAGAACUUUACAAUGGCAUUCUUUUUCCCUGCUUGUUUGACUGUCUUUAUCUUCAAACACAACCGAGCUGCCUAUGAUAUUCUGGCCAAAACUAUAGUAGUGGAUGCACGGCCAAAUCAACAGUUCAUCUAACAUGCUUCAUUGAAGGAUUUUUUGUUUACUUUAUUAUUUUUUUUUUGAAUGUGAAUAAAUUGAGAUGUGUUUUUUAUUAAGUUGAUCAUUAAAAUAUUACUUCUCUGCUGUAGGAACUGUUACACACUUUAUUUUAAAGUUUUUGCCUACAGUUCAUUCUAUUGAAUUUAAAGCCUUAUUCAACAAAUGUUAUGCAUAAUAUUAAAAGGUAUGGGAUGCUUGUGUUAGAGCAUCUAAGAAAAAAAAUAAGCUUGUUAUAAAAUUGAUUUUAUUAAAAUAAUUCAGGUAUUUGUUUGUCACAUUGAAUGAAGAAUAAUAAUUUUAACAGGGCCCAAAAAUUGCACAAGAGGUAAUUAUGUUCAUUAUGUUGAGAAUUUUUUGUCUUGUCUUUUAAGAUAUCAAUAGUGCCAUUAAAAUUGUGGAACAAUU